AUGACGGCCAGCGAGGAGGCCUCACCCGCCACGCGCGCGAGAAAGAUCCGAAAGGUGACCCGCGCCUGCGAUGCCUGCAAGGCCAAAAAGAAGGCUUGUACGGGCAACAUCCCCUGUGGUCCCUGCUCCCGCCGUCACUUGGCGUGCACCUACGACUCCGCCUACAAUCGGGGUGUGGCGCUCAGUCCUCCUCCCUCAUCGUCGCGGACCAAGAACCAUCGUCCACUGCGGGAGCACGGCAUCUCACGUAGCUUCAAUCCAGAUCCGGCCCCAGAUGUUAUCCAGCCACUGCAUUCCCCCCCUGUACUUCGUUCAGUUACAGACUGUUCCCGGCCAGGCCUGCAGAGCAGCCCUGCAUCGGGGCCAGGCACACUUCCCGAGUCUGCUAUUCUCGAUGCAUCUGUUCGACGAGGCUCGGUAGACGGGACUGGCCAGUACUGGGGUCCGAGCUCAGCACACUCAUUUUUGGGCAGGGUCGUGGAGGACUUACAUGCCAGUCCCUCCAAACCCAUUGCGCCUGCGCAGGAUCCCGAUGGCUCAGCAACCGUCUCCAUCUUCUCCCACGGCGAUCGCGUCGUUCCCGAGGUCCAUCUAUCAGAUUUUGUCUGGCCAGGCCAGGCCAAAGCCAGAAGCUUGAUCCGCCGAUAUUUCGAGUUUGCGGCGCCGACAUAUCGCGUGCUUCAUCAGCCUACCAUUCACCCCCUGGUACAGCGCUUAUACCAGGACUAUCCAGAGGGCAACCGGAUCGGCAGCCAGCUCGAUGUAGCAUCCCAGGCCGUCGUGCUCUUGCUCCUGAGUACUGCAGCCAUGUUCCGCGUGGAUGAGGACGGGCGAAUGAGAGAUGCCGACGAGGAUGGCUGGCGCAACAGCGAGCUUUACUACGCGCAGGCAGAGCAUCUGCUGUCACUCGAGACGGGAGCCCCUACUCUGGCCUCGGUGCAAGCUCGUUUUUUGAUGGUGCUUUAUCUGCUCAGCUCCUCUCGAGCCCAGAAGGCGUGGUUCGUAUUUGGCACCACAGUCCAGCUGAUGAUGGCACUUGGUUUGCACAAUCGAUGGGCGAGGAGGCACCAUGAAGAAGAGGAGAAUCUGGUGCAGCAGGAGUGUCAACGGCGCCUUGUAUGGUGCUCUUAUACCCUGGACAAGUAUCUGAGUGUGAUCCUUGGUCGACCGCGACUGUGGCAUGAUGAAGACUUGGACGGAGAUCUUCCCACGCGCGUCAAUGAUGAGGACCUAACAACGCGGGAAAGGCGGUUGUCGAGAUGUGACUGUGUGAUGGAUGCGCCAGUCUUUCAUGCGAUCUUGGCACAGAUACUCACCCAGGCGGCCAAGGAGCCUUACGUUCUCUCGGGCCUCUCCGAUUGGACGGAAGUUGAGACCAUUCAAGGUCUGUGUGGCAAGGUCGCGAAAUGGCAAGCGGAACUGCCUCCUUUCCUCUCCGGGGUCAUCCAGCCCAGUAGUUUGGUUCCAGUGUUUCGGCGCCAGUUGACUGUUCUGCAGCUGGCUCGUCAUCAUGCCUUGAUGUUCAUCACGCGGCCUCUCUUAUUAUUGGAUUAUGGGCAAAUGUGGCCUGAACACCGCAGCAGUUACCGAUACCAUCUGCAUCUGUGCCUUACCGCAGCGCGAGAGGCCAUAGAAUUGAUACUUGGCUUUGUGCGUGAGGAUGAACUGUUCCCAGCAUUUUGGUACUCACAGUACAUCGCAUUCAAUGCUUUAUCAAUCAUCUAUCUAUACCUGAUCCAGGUCAGACGCAACCGUCUGCCAUCUGCUAGUCUCGACUUUGUCCGGAGCCCGGAACACACCUUGCAUGCAGCUCGCAACGCCCCUUCUUGGAAAUACAGCGUCAUCUUGCAGGGUUUGCGACAUGAGCUGGCCCGCCUUGGCUCCCCGAUGGACACUGGCGACGCUCAAGCUACCGAGCCGAUUGAGCUAUCCCGUCCACCUUUCGAACGGAGCCCUCGUCCGACCGAAGAUAGAGGUGAGGUGGGUCGCCGUGAGCAGCAGGCAGAAGCCACCGCUGUGAGGGAUUAUGACCCUGAUCCUAACAUGUUGCCGACCGUAUUCUCUGGAUUGGACCCCGCUAUUGAUCCAGGGUUGCUGGAUCCCAGGACACAAUCCCUCUUGGACACCUUCAUCAUGGGCGAAAACGUGGUGCUCGAUUUCUGGCCACAGCUAGAGAGCCUGCCUAUCUCAUACCCCGGCUGA